CGUUGCUUUCCUCAGUGGAUUUUGGCUCCGGGUUAUGUGUCUUUAUUUCCCCCUCCUGUGGAUGUUAAAGUGCAUAUUCUCGGCCUGACUGACGCUUUCUUUUUGGAUUUCCACCGCGCCGAAGCUGUUUGUGGGUGACAGACUGGGGGACAUUCCUUACUUGUGAAGUGGAGCGUUAGAAUUAUUUUGCCGUUAUCUUACCGGCUCUAUUUGAGUCGUAACCUGUAGGCUAUUUAAUUUUGUAGUCAAACAAUGCAGCGCUUUCCUUGAACGUGUAUUGGUAAUUCAUGCAGAAAAAUCGUGUGGGUUAAUUAAAGCUUAAAAAGAGGAAAGUUGGGCGCGCAAAGUUUUGGAGACGGUCGAUAUGGCUAUGGUGGCGUGGAGAAACGCCGAGGGGGUCGGGGACACUCAGGGGACCCUCUCCUCCUCGGUGUCCCAGGUUGCACCUCUGUCUCUGCCCGGGGAGCUGGCGGGACACAUGAACCCGGCAUCAUCUCUGGAAAUACCCCCAGCAGCACCCCAGGGCGCACCGCCGCCCAAUCCAUCCAGCACCACCACCGCGACAACCACCAACAAUAACAACAACACGUCCUCUUCCUCCUCCUCCUCCUCCUCCAUGGACAAACACCAGAGCCAGCAAAUCGAGUGCAUCGUGUGCGGGGAUAAAUCCAGCGGGAAGCACUACGGACAAUUCACGUGUGAGGGAUGUAAGAGCUUCUUUAAACGCAGCGUCAGGAGGAACCUGUCCUACACCUGCAGGGCCAACAGGAACUGUCCCGUAGACCAGCACCACCGCAACCAGUGCCAGUACUGUCGCCUCAAGAAAUGCCUCAAAGUCGGGAUGAGGAGGGAAGCUGUCCAGAGAGGCAGACUUCCUACCCAGUCUUAUCACGGCCAGUUUGCACUGACAAACGGAGACCCUCUACAGUGCCAUUCCUAUCUAUCGGGAUACAUCUCUCUCCUGCUGCGGGCCGAGCCCUACCCGACCUCCAGGUUCGGCUCUCAGUGCCUGCAGGGCAACAACAUUAUGGGGAUAGAGAACAUCUGUGAGCUAGCGGCUCGGAUGCUCUUCAGCGCCGUGGAGUGGGCCCGCAACAUCCCUUUCUUCCCGGACCUGCAGGUGACGGACCAGGUGGCCCUGCUCCGCCUCACCUGGAGCGAACUGUUCGUCCUGAACGCCGCCCAGUGCUCCAUGCCCGUCCACGUCGCCCCGCUGCUGGCCGCCGCCGGCCUGCAUGCGUCCCCGAUGUCCGCGGACCGGGUGGUGGCCUUCAUGGACCACAUCCGGGUAUUCCAGGACCAGGUGGAGAAGCUCAAGGUGCUGCACGUGGAUUCAGCAGAGUACAGCUGCAUCAAAGCCAUCGUGCUGUUCACCACAGAUGCUUGUGGUCUGUCGGACAUGGCCCAUGUCGAGGGUCUGCAGGAGAAAUCCCAGUGUGCUUUAGAGGAGUAUGUGAGGAGCCAGUAUCCCAACCAGCCUAACAGGUUUGGGAAGCUGCUGCUCCGCUUGCCUUCCCUCCGCACCGUCUCUUCCUCUGUCAUAGAGCAGCUUUUCUUCGUUCGUCUGGUGGGGAAAACUCCCAUAGAAACUCUGAUAAGGGACAUGUUGCUGUCCGGAAGCAGCUUCAACUGGCCUUACAUGCCGAUUCAAUAGAGGAAAAAGCUACAGUGAUGCUACCAAGGUCAGCACAGGUCCCACACCUCAAAUGGAGUCAUUUCAGUGCGGCAUAAAAUCUGUUGUUUUGAACAAGAAAAAACACUGCCAGCAUAAUGAGAUAAUUACAGGCAUAUGCAAUGUAAAAACAAUUAUGUCUUUUCAUCAUUUUUCUUAAUGUCAACAACCAUUUUCUUGAUACCAGAGGAGCGAGCUGCCUUACUCUGCAUGUGUCUAGAAAGGUUACUGAAAUAAAUUUACCAUUUGGCCAAUGCUCAAUGAUUUGAUCCUACUGGCAGAUUUUUUUACCUGUUCAAAGAGAAACAAUGUUUCAUGAGAUGAAAUGACUGGUCAUGAUGGACAAUUUUUGCAGUGGGGCGACCACUCACAGAUUUUUGGGAUAAAAAACAAUAUUUAUUGGACCCCGUGUGUAUAUUUAUCGUGCUUGUAAAUUAUGUUUUGGCUCCUUUUUUAAAUGUUUUACGUAUUUUUGCCCCGGCCAGUGAGAAAACUGCAGGGAUUGUCUUGUGUCGAUAUGUUUUUGUUUUUGUUUCAUACCUUCCAGACAUGGCACUUUGGUCUAAAGGAACAUUUCAGUAAGAUUUAACACAAAAUUUGACCUAUUUGCUCAAUUGUGUACAGACAGAAUGGUGAGAUUAAUGCUCUGUUUCAGUUACUUCAGAUUCUUAUUCUACUUGCAUUAUCGACAUACAAAGAAUGAGAAGAACAAGAGCAAAAAAUGUUUGUAAUGCACUUCAUAUGAUCCGUGUAUGUUGCGCCAAGUAAGGUAUUACUCCUUUCAUAGGUAAAAUCAUUACUUUCUAUUACACUACAUUAAUAUUACCUUAAAUAUGUUAGUUAAUACAGAUGUGAUUUUUCCCUCUUGCCAUAAUUUAAAAACUUUUUUUCCAUUUGAAAAAUCAGAAACUUGUCAACAUCAUGUUUAUUUCUUAUCAAAUUACUGAAUUUUAGCACUCAGAGAAAUUAAACUUUUCACAUCUAAACUGAGAGAUGACGACAAGGCUAAUGGCAAAAACAGAUAAGGGGAAGGAGGUUGAAUGUUAGAUAGCUGUACGUUAAUCUGAUAUUUUUAUAUUUCGAAUCAAAAUUUUACUCUUUUGGUGGGUAACAUGUUAUGGGGAAAAGUAAUGACAUUAAUGGAGUAAUGAUGAAUGCAUUAUCAAACACUUCUAAAUCAUGUACGUUUCCAGGUUUUUACGCUGACCGUCUAAGAGAGAUUUUAAGAGCACUGGGCCUGAUGUAUACUGUAAAUACAGUUUCUCAAUGGGAUAAAUUAACUGUACACAACCUCCCAGGUCAAGUAACAAAUGUAUUUCAUUAUAAUUCAUGCAUAUAUGAGCCCAGGCCACAUUAAUGGCACAACAGGCCACUGCAGGGUAUUGCUGAACUGAAAGCGUGUGUGUGUAUGUAUGUGUGUGUGUGUGUGUGUGUGUGUGUGUGUGUGUGUUUUGAGAGAGCAUGUAUUUGUGUUUACUUCUUUUUGACAACCUCUCUGAUGUACUGUGAAAGCAUAUUGGUUAACA